AUGGUUGGGCAUAAUAACACCAUAAGAAAGGUGCCUCCGUUUAUGAAAGAGCUGGAAGAUAUUUACAACAUAUGCUAUAGCGGAUUAAAUAAAAUCGACAAGUGUAUGUUUGUAAAAAAAAUAAAGAGAAGAAUAGAUAUACAUGACAUAGAUAUGUAUCAAUUAUGCAUUGUUCAUUAUCAACUAUGUAAUAAAGAGAAAAUAUAUAAAAUGUCUUACGUCCAAGAAGAUAUGGAUAUAAGUAAUUGUUUUUUUGAUAGAGGAGAAACAAAGAUAUAUUUUUCUAAUGAUGGUAAUAUAGGUUGUUUAUUUAAUACAAAUGAAAAGAAAUUAAGAAUUGAAUUAUUUAAAAAUGUAAGUGAUAAUGGGAAUUUCUUUUUUACAUGUAUGAAUAGUAUACUAAUAAAUGAUUUACAUAAAAAAUUUUUUAUAUAUGAAUCCUUUUGUUCUUUUAAUACUAGUAAUACUUUAUUAAUAUAUAGUGCUGAAAAUAAUGAUCAAAGAUUAAAAAAAGAAAAAAAUAGCUUACAUGAAAAAGAUUUAGAUGUAUGGAAUAAAUUAAAUAAUGGAAUCUAUGUAGAAACAUUUGGAGAACAAUAUAAUUGUAAUUCUUUUUAUUUAUAUCUAUAUAAUUUAUUAGAUAAUACUAUAAAAUAUAUAACCAUAAAAGAUAUUACAAGUUGUUAUUAUUCUCCACAAUUUAUUGACGAUAAUUCUUUUGUUUGCUUAUCAUAUAGAACUACACCAUAUAGAUUAGGAAUCUAUGCUUUUAAUAUAAGACCUAAUGAUUUAUAUUUAUGUACCUUGAACGAUGCCGAUUUGCACAUAUCUGAAAACAGAAAUAAAUAUAAAUCAACAGGUAAUAAUCAUAUCAACAAUAAUAAUAACAUCUCCAACAAUAAUAAUAAUAAUAAUAAUAGUAAGGGGUAUGUUAGGUGUGCAUAUACAAAAAUUUCAUCGAAAAAUUUUAAACACACAGCAUCUCCAUAUAUUAUAAAACAUGAAGGUGUAGUAUAUGUUGCAUGCUUAGUUGUAUUUUCUAAGAAUGAAGAAUGUAAACAGCACAUAACGGAAUAUAAUUUGGUAUUAAUAAAACUAGCCAAAGCAGCAAGGCAAUUACAAGACAAUGAACAGAUAAAAAUUAAAGACAAGACAAAUGGAAAUAUAAAUGUAAAUAUAAAUAUUAAUACUAAUAGUAAUAGUAAUAAUAAUAGUAAUAGUAAUAAUAAUAGUAUUUGUAGUGAUUUAUAUCCAAACAAGGUAGAGGAAAAACAAAAUGAUAAUCCACUUGUCUUUAAAAACAUUUCAACAACAUAUCAUGAAAACCAAAGGAGUCAAAAAAGUAACAGCGUUACUAAUAAUUAUGAAAAUACAAAAUAUAGUUAUGAUGAAAAUUGUAUAGAGAACAAUGAUGAGACUACAAAAUAUAUUAACAGAUAUUUAAAAAAGUUUCAAAAAGAAAAUAUAAAUGAAGAAUAUAAUGAUAAAUGUGAAUGUUCUUAUCAAACAAAUAAACAAUAUGAUACAGAUACUUGUUAUGACACAUAUUCUGAUACACACAAGAUAUAUACAUAUGGUGAUGAAGAUGAUAUAAAUAAUAAUAAUAAUAAUAAUAAUAUUUAUAUGAAUAAAUUAAAAGAAGAUGAUCAUUCGACUUAUCAUAUGAAUGAACAUAAAGAUGAUGUUAGUAAUUAUGUCAAAGUUGAAACAGAGGUACUUAUUAAAGAAGGGAGUUAUACGACAUUUUUCAGAGGAUUAUAUACUAACGAAAUAAAAGGAUGUUGUUAUCCAUAUAUUUUUUUGAAUACUAUUUUAUAUUGUAGUAAAAUAGUUGUAGCAGUUCAUAUGUUUACAAAAAAAAUUUAUAGAGUAUUAAUAAGUAAUAUAUAUAAUGAAAAUGAUUUUAAUACUAGUAUAGAAAUAUUAACAAUGAAAAAUGACAAUAUAUUAAUAAGUAUAAGAAAUAUGUUAUUAAAUGAUGUACUAGCAUAUUGUAUUUUUAAUGAAAAAAAUAUACAUGCAGAUUAUAUAUAUCUAAUCAAUCUUAAAAGUUAUAAUCUUGAUUUCCAAAAAUAUGAAAGUCUACAAGAUCCAAAUGAUCUUACAAAUGAUCAUACAAAUGAUCAUAAAAAUGAUCAUAUAAAUGAUCAUAAAAAUAAUCAUAUAAAUAAUCAAAAAAAUAGUAGUAGUAAUAAUAAUAGUACUGAUGAUAUCAAUAAUAAUAACAGUGGUAACAAUAAUAUUUUUGAUACGAACCAUUUGAUGAAAAAAAGAACAAGUUAUAAUUGUAAAGAUAAUAAUAGUAGCAUUUUAUAUUUAUCGUUUAAUGAUAACUCUAAAAAAUUAUUUAUGCUCUUAAAUGAAAUGGAAACAUCUUUAUUUCUAGAUAAACAUCCAUAUAUAAGAAGAAAAGAAGCACAUUUUAAUUUAUUAUAUGAAAAUGAAAAUGACUUUUUAUAUGAUAUUCAAGAGAAAAAUUUUAGUUUAUAUAAUUUUAAUUUAUUUAAUAAAAAAAAAUUCAGAAAUCUUAUCUUAUAUAUACAUGGAGGUCCUUAUAGUAUAACUUUAAAUGAAUAUAAAAAUAUUUUUAUAUAUUUUGCAGCUUCAGGAUUUGAUGUUCUAUGUGUCAAUUAUAUAGGUUCUUUAACAUUUUCAGAUAAACUUAAUAUAUUAAGUGGUCAUAUUAAUUCUAUAGAAAUAGAUGAUAUUAUGAAUAUUUUUAAAAAUUUUAUUAAUUAUUUUGGAGAUUAUGAAAAUAUUUAUUUAUAUGGUGGUUCAUAUGGAGCUUUUGCAGCAUGCUCAUUAGUAUCAAAAUAUAAUUCCAUAUUUAAAAGUGCUUGUAUUAUUAAUGGGGUAUAUGAAUGGAUUCUAUCUACAUAUGCAAGUGAUGUUCCUGAUUUUUUUCUUAACAUAACUACAAAUAAAUUCUCAGAAUAUGAUUAUAAUUUAACUAAAGAAGAUUAUUCAAAAUUAUAUGAUAUCUCUCCAAUUAAUUAUGCUCAUAAUAUAUCAACUCCUAUUUUAAUUAUAUGCUCAAAAGAUGAUAAACGAGUAUCUUAUCAUAAUAGUAUUGCUUUAUAUAAUAAACUUAGAGCUCUUAAAAAAAAAUGUAAACUCUUUCUAUUUGAAAAUACAAAUCAUUCUAUAAAUAAUUAUUCAUAUGAUGAAACCAUAUUGCUCAACAUUAUCUUGUGGUUUUAUGACUAUGACGACAAAAGAAAAAAAUAA